ACCGUCACGGCGACUCCGAGGGCGCAGGAGAUGCGUCCACGAUCACUGCUGAGGGCUUUUCUUUCCUCUGAGGAGUCGUGAAAACAGCUCCUGUUGACGCUAAACGGAUCUGUGAGUGACUUCCCCGCAUGUGAAGAGGCAUGAAAGAGACGAGCAGCGCGGAUCAGACAAUCAACAGCAGACAGAGGCUGCCAGGAGGAGGCUUCGGUCAGCUGGGAUCUGAUUUGAUUUGGAACUUUAUUGGACACCCGGCUCUUCUAAAUUCAUUCUGAAUUUGUGGUUUAGUUGUGAGUGAGACAGAGAGACCACUUGUGCCGCCGCCUCAACUGUGCCAAGAGACAGGGAGUCUUUGAAAGGCACCGGAGCGGACCCGAGCAGCAUAUAAAUCAGCGUCCCGGAGAGCGUCUCUCUGCUUGGCACAGAGRAAGGAAAGACACCGCCGCGAAGAACCGAGAGGGGAAAUGGGACUUUUUCUGUUUGUGGAGAGCAGGACAGCAACAGUGAGCGGAGGGCGAAUGUAAAAAAAUCUCAGUUGUGCUCGUGUUGCCACGGGCGCGCACCGGCGAGGAGGCGCAGGACACGCAGCUUCCAUCGAUUCGCGCUUCGUGAUUUUCUUUCAACGCUGCGUUUGUAUCGAGACCGAAUCUGUGGACCUUGGGCUUAAAGAGGCGCCUCUCCUGAACGGAACCCCUCAAACUGCGAAGCCAUGAGCCCCGGGGUGGUGUUUCUGCUCGUUUGUUCUGCGGCAUUUUUCGCGGGGCGACACUGCGCCUCACCGAGGAGCGCGGCGGGGAUGGAGCCGCCGAACCCCGGCUCUAACAGCGUCAACAGCGGCGGCAGCUCCGGGGAAAGCGGGUCCAAACGGGACUCGAACCAGACCAUCAUGUCCAGAAACAAGAGGAAAACCCUGGCCGUAGAUUUCGCGGUGCCCUCACUGCUGAGAUAUUAUCUGGCCGAGUUCAUAAAGAGACCCCUGAACGGAGACUGUCAGACUUUUAGCGGAUGUUACACGGUGCAGGCAAACUUGAAAAUGCAUUGCAUACCUUUGCAGAAAACCAUUUCUACUUUUGUGGAGCCGAAAUCCUCCACAGACCCGAGAAACGGGUCUGCUGAGGGACAGCUCCCGUUCUUCUACAAGCGGCCGCUGUCCAAAGUUCUGAACCUGGGCUUAACGAAGGCGAGCAGGAAAUCAAACCAAGUUGUGGUGGAAAUAGGAGAGGAUUUAGUCAAGACCGGAUGCGGGGGGUUAACUGUGUACGAGGAGGACCCCGUGCUCGUGCUGGAAAUGGACCUCACGACCAUUCUGGAGUGGUGGCUCGGAGCGGAGGGUGGCCGGCUCAGGGUCCGGCUCAUGCCCGAGAAGAGGGCGCAGGUGCCCGGGAUUGAGGACCGUUACACCGCGGCUAUACGCGCUGCGGACCCCCGCCUGUACCUCCACAUAUCAUCCCGGGGUGAACCUUUGGACGGCAGGGGUGCUGCUGGGACUCCUCGGGGGUACUGGAGCUUCUCCUGGGUGGCCGAGGACGACCUGAGUUUUCCAAACAGCACUGUAGCCAAGUCAGAUCACCAAUGCCCUGGAAACAGAAGGACAUGUGACCAGCAGUCUGAGGAUGUCCCAGAGUUUACCUGGAGAAUAGUGGCAGCCGGUGACCUGCAGGAUGAAGGGAAAAUUGAGAAGAMCGCAGGAAGUCCACAGGGUUGGGAGGAAGGUCAGUUCUUCUGGGUCAACAGCUCAGCCUUUGGAGGACCCUGGGUCUUGAGUCCGUGGCUGUGGGGGGCUCAAGGUCUUUGCGGCUUGGAUAUGGCUGUGUUUCUCCACCCCAGGCAAAGCGGACAAUACACCAUUUGGCUCAUAGAGCGAGACAAGCCACCCUUCGCCCUCUUUUCUACCGACACUCUGCCACGAAUCACAGGCUGGGCGGUGGUCCAACUCACCCUGGGGACCCACGGGGGGUCGCCGUUCCGGGUGUCAGCCAGCUACGACCAGCGGAUCCCGCAGGAUGACGCCGCCACCAUCGAGCCUCACUUCACCACAAACUGCACCAUGGCAUCCUCACCUGGCCCAAACAUCACCCUGGAGGGCCAGUACCACUGCCACCAGGGCCCAGGAAUCCCCCUGGACAAACUGUGUGACUUCAGUACAGACUGUCCUCUCGGGGACGACGAGGGCGAUCGCUGCCGCAGGUUCCUCAAUGGCAGCUACUGCUCGUUUGAAGAAGGCGAUUGCGGCUGGCAGUCAACUGCAGGCAGGAACCUCUCCUGGAGAAGAGUUCAGCCUCCAGCCAGAUCAAGCAGACAGAGCUGCCCACCAUCAGGUGCAGUAUUUACCAUAGAGGGGAGCCAGUCUAAAGGUCAGCGUGGCCCAGCGAUGUUGAAGAGUCCCGUCUUCCCUCCUCCAUUAAGGAACUCUCCCUGCAUGGUGCGGUUCUGGCUGUGCUCUGGAGGUCUGCAGAGGGACUCGCUGUCUUUGUGGAUCGUGGAGAACAGCACAGGGCCCGAUGAGCAGCGCAGACUGUGGCGUUUAGCAGGCGAGCCCAAAUCUGACAGAGGCUGGAGGCUCAUCACGAUUCCUCUUUACGGACUGGCAGACUGGUUCUGGCUCCAGUUCAGUGCAGAAGAUGGACCUGGACCUGGUUCAACCAUCUCUGUUGACAACAUCUCUUUCAGCAUGGACUGCUUCUUGGCUUCUAACGGUGAGUUUCCACCUGUGGCCACCAGCACAACCAGGCUCCUGCCGAGACCGACGACCAAGACCCCACAACCCUCCAUCAGAAGCCCUCCAGUGACUUUCCCCACCACAGAUUACUCCAAAAAAUGGAUUUUUCACACCUGUGGGGCUGUGGGUCCCGAGGGUCCGACUCCCACUCAAUGCCUCAACUCCUACAGGAGCAGCAACGUCAACGUGACRGUCGGCACCCGGGGGCCCUUCAAAGGCAUUCAGAUGUGGCGGGUCCCAGAAACUGGCACAUACAGGAUCACCGCCUACGGUGCGGCCGGCGGGCGAAGUGUCAUGGCCACCAUCAGGUCACAUGGCGUCUACAUCACRGGAGACUUCCUGUUGAGGAGGGGGGAGCUGCUGCACAUCCUGGUGGGACAACAAGGAGAGGACGCCUGUCCCAAUUCCAACGCCAUCCUGAAUAAAAUCUGCCUGGAGCAGAGCGGCCCGAUGGUGAACAGAAGUCAAGUGAAGGGAGGUGGAGGAGGAGGUGGAGGAGCAACGUAUGUGUUCAAGGUGGAGAGAGGCGUCUAUGUCCCCCUCAUCAUCGCUGCCGGUGGCGGCGGUCUGGGCUACAGCAGCCAAUCAGAGACCCAGCUGGAGCAGAUGGACUACGACCUCAGCCAACCAGGUCGCAAUGGGAAGUCUCACUCUGCAGGUGGAGGCGGCGGCUGGAACGACAGCGCGCCCGUCGGCCCGGGCGGCAGACCCCUGGUGCUGGGGGGCCAGGGAGGGCAGGCCUGUCAGAAGUUCUGGCAGACCCGCGGCGGCUUCGGGGGUGGCGGGGGCGGCUGCAUGUCGGGCGGCGGCGGCGGAGGCUACAGAGCCAUGGAGGGCGACGGGGAGGUGAUCAUCAGCCCCGUUCAGAACUGCAGCCACUGUGAGAGCGGAGAAUGUCACGAGAGCAAAGACGGCAUCGUGUGUUACUGCGACGAAGACCUGGUCCUGGACUCGGACAGGGUGUCCUGCGUCAACGUCUCAGACGUGUCCUCGCAGCCCCCGCAGCCGUCUCUGUCCCAUCUGGCUCUGGGUCUGUCYGUGGGGACCUCGGCCCUCAUCGCCGCCCUGCUGUUGGCCGUGUCGGGGGUCAUGAUCAUGUAUCGACGUAAACAUACGGAGCUGCAGUCCAUUCAGCUGGAGCUGCAGAGUCCCGACUGUAAGCUCAGCAAGCUGCGAGCCUCCACCAUCAUGACCGACUACAACCCCAACUACUGCUUCGCCGGCAAGACGGCGUCGGUCAGCGACCUGAAGGAAGUGCCGCGACGCAACAUCUCCCUCACCAGGGGUCUGGGUCACGGUGCUUUUGGGGAGGUUUAUGAAGGUCUGGCAGUGGGGAUCCCCGGUGAACCGAGUCCGCUGCAGGUGGCUGUGAAGACUCUUCCUGAGGUUUGCUCUGAGCAAGAUGAGCUGGACUUCCUCAUGGAGGCUCUAAUCAUCAGUAAGUUCAACCACCAGAACAUCGUGCGUUGCAUCGGCGUCAGCCUGCAGGCCAUGCCCAGGUUCAUCCUGCUGGAGCUGAUGGCYGGAGGAGACCUCAAGACCUUCCUGAGAGAGACCAGACCCCGGCUGGACCAGCCGUCCAGCCUGACCAUGGUGGACCUCCUCAACGUGGCCAGGGACAUCGCUAAGGGCUGCCAGUAUUUAGAGGAGAACCAGUUCAUACACAGGGACAUCGCAGCUCGAAACUGUCUCCUGACCUGCAAAGGAUCGGGCCGUGUGGCCAAGAUCGGAGACUUUGGGAUGGCUCGAGACAUUUACAGGGCAAGCUACUACAGAAAGGGGGGGCGUGCCAUGUUGCCAGUUAAAUGGAUGCCGCCUGAAGCUUUCAUGGAGGGGAUCUUCACAUCGAAAACAGACACGUGGUCGUUCGGGGUGCUGCUGUGGGAGAUUUUUUCACUGGGCUACAUGCCGUAUCCGAGUCGCAGCAACCAGGAAGUGUUGGAGUUUGUUACAAACGGUGGAAGGAUGGACCCGCCUAAAAACUGUCCUGGACCAGUGUAUCGUAUAAUGACUCAGAGCUGGCAGCACCAGCCUGAAGACAGGCCCAACUUUUCUACCAUUCUGGAGAGAAUCGACUACUGCUUACAGGACCCUGAUGUGGUGACCACACCCCUUCCUGUGGAGUAUGGGCCUGUUCCCGAGGAGGAGGAGCAUGGACCCGUUUGCCCCGAUGACCCCUCAGCUCCGGCGGCCAUCGUGAAAGCCCAGGUGCCUGACGGGGAGGCGCUGCCGCCGCCUCCAUCCUACCCCACAGGGGACAGAAGAGGGGCGGAGCACGCGGUGGCGACGAGCAUGGCGGCCGAGGCCAAAGCACAGACAUCGAUUCAGCCUCAGCCGUGCGUCCACCAGCCUCACACGCAGACCUCCAUCGCCAUGACCACCGUCACCACCGCCGUCCCCACCAUGCUCACUGCCAAGAUGUCUCACGCCGCCGCCCAACCCAGCUCAGAGGGGGGCCAUGUUAACUUCGCGUUUGCCCAGGGCCACCCCCAGGAGAAGGAGGGCCACAACGGGAAAAACACCAGCCUGUGGAAUCCCACCUACGGCUCCUGGUUCCUGCAGCAGCAGAGGAAGCAGCAGAGGCAGGAGCAGGUGGGCCGGACGGUGGCUGAGGUGGCGGGGGCGAUAAGCCUCCAACACCAGCACAAGCAGUUUCAGCACCAGCUGCAGCUGCUGCAGCAGCAGCAGGGUCUCUGCAGGCCGCUGUUACCCCCGCCUCCACCCCCCGCGGGCCAGUCACCUCUGCUUUUAGAUUCAACAGCCCUGCCUCCGGUCCCGCUCUACAGACUGAGACGGUUCCCGUGCGGGAACAUCGGGUACGGGUACCAGGAGCACGGCCUGCCGCUGGAUACCACCCACCCCCCUCCGCCCCAGCAGGGCAUGCCCACGCCAACCUCCGCAAACCAUCAGAGGGGGGCAACCAUUCCCAACCCCAUGACCCUGGGCCGGUCGGGCGUCUCCGAGGACAGCCGCCCGCUAUUGGUUACCAUGGGAACAGUGCAGGACCCGAGGCUGCCCCGGAUGGAAGGCCACAACGCCACCGUGCUUUAGCCCCGACAUUCACCUCUCCUGAAAUGGGCCUUUCACCGGAUCUUCAAACCCCCAACAGACUUUGAAGCACAUUAGGAGGGGGGUAAAAAAAAAAAGGUAUUUUUUUUCCAUCACAAGACUGAUGAAGAACCAUGAACUGUUUAACACUCCGCUUUAUGUCCAUCAGAACCAGUUCCUUUUCCCUGAGGGGUGGGCAUGAGGGGGUAUUAAAAAAAAGCCUUGUAUUAGACUAUUUUUCAAGACACACAAAUUCACUGGAUUAUUACGAAAAUUUCUACUGGGGAAAACAGUUUGUUGAUGUUUGCUUGCCUGCUUUAUUUAUACUUUUAUUUAUUUCAAAGUGGCACUAUAAGAUACUAAAUAUGCCUCUUUAAAUGAGCUAAAGUUGGUUUUGACUUUUUAAUCUGCAUUGUUUUUAGUAAUACAAGUCAUAAAAAAGGUAACAUGGGUCCCAGUUUUCUUUGCCCCUGCUCACAGUGAAACCUCUCUAACACUUAUUUUCCUGCUUCUUGUCAGGUGAGAAAAAAAACUGAACUUUACAUUUUUUUAAUCAUAAAGGGGUGUGUGCUGUGUGAUAAACGUAAUUUGCUUUCCCUACGAAUGAAGCACAUUGUGUUAACCAUCUGCUGUAAACAGAGGA